CUCUCACAUGUCAAAUCCUUGCGAUUUCGAUUUCUCCUGAAACCCUAGAGAUUCUCCCGGAGUUCGGAUGCAGAUCGCCGGAAGUAAGUAAAUCUCGAAUUUUCGAGUUUUACUAAUGCCGCGCCUUCCGUCGUCUCGUCGCGGCGUCGUGUGGUUUCGAUGGAAGAUACUUACCACUCUCUCCGCCGCAUUAUGCAUCCUCGCUCUCUUCUCUUUCAACCGUCACUCUAAUUCCACUGCGACGACGACACUGUCUUCGUCUCUCUCCGUCGCGAGAUCUCGUAUCCCGCUCGUUAAAUACUCCGGCGAUCGUCCCAAACUCGCGUUCCUUUUUCUCGCUCGACGUGAUUUGCCUCUUGAUUUUCUCUGGGAUAGAUUCUUCAAGAAUGCAGAUCAGAGAAAUUUCUCAAUCUAUGUCCAUUCAAUACCUGGUUUCGUAUUCGAUGAAUCCUCCACAAGAUCACAGUUCUUCUACAAUCGCCAAUUGAAGAAUAGCAUCCAGGUAGUUUGGGGAGAAUCAAGCAUGAUUGCAGCAGAAAGAUUGUUGCUUGCAUCUGCUUUGGAGGAUCCUUUAAAUCAAAGAUUUGUUCUUUUGUCUGAUAGCUGUGUUCCUUUAUACGACUUUGGUUACAUAUACAGAUAUCUAGUUUCUUCACCAAUGAGUUUUGUAGACAGCUUCCUUGAUAAAGAUAAACGCUACACCAUGAAAAUGUUUCCUGUUAUACGGAAAGAGAAAUGGCGAAAAGGAUCUCAGUGGAUAUCAUUGAUCAGAAGCCAUGCAGAGGUCGUUGUUAAUGAUGAUACUGUGUUCCCAGUUUUUCAGAAAUUUUGCAAGCGAUCUCUACCUCUGGAUCCCCGAAAGAAUUGGCUAUAUCUUAAAAAGAGGCGACACAACUGCAUUCCUGAUGAACACUAUGUGCAAACUCUGCUAACAAUGCAUGGCUUGGAAAAUGAAAUGGAACGGAGAACAGUGACAUACACGACAUGGAACCUAUCAGCAAAAAAAGCUGAAGCUAAAUCUUGGCAUCCUCUCACUUUCACAUCUGACAAUUCCGGGCCAGAGGAAAUAGAAGGAAUAAAGAAAAUCAACCAUGUGUAUUAUGAAUCGGAGUAUCGAACAGAAUGGUGCAGGGCAAAUUCAAAACCCGUCCCAUGCUUUCUGUUUGCGAGGAAGUUCACUAGAGGAGCCGCAAUGCGUCUUUUGAGUGAAGGAUUAUUAGAAUCAUAAAUAGAUACAACAACCUUUUAGAUGCAAAGAAAAGGUAAGCACAAAGGUUUUAUACAACUAAGAAAGAAGAAACCAAGAUUGACACCAGAAAAGAAAAAAAGUUAACUUAGAAUAUACAGGUGAAGCAUAAAAGAUAGUACAUUAAUCGAUCAUAUGACAGCAGUUUAGUACAAAGUACAAACUAUAGUCUAUACAUCCUUCAUGGAUAUUUUUAAUGGUAUUUAAUUAUUUAUAUGUUUUAUAAAAUGGCAAUUCAUGAAAUUCUUGUAGAGAAUUUAUAGUACAGAUGUUUUGGGGAAAUAAUUCCAUUGUUCUAGACUUUCA